GCUAUAACAAGAUGAUUUGAUUAUUCGUAAAAUGAAAGGUGACAGAAAGAGUACUUUGUGAGAAAUGACGUCGAAGAUACGAUUGUUCCGCCUCCGUGACCAAUUUGACGAGGCAUGCAUUUCGAAGACAUAAAAUCAAAAGCUCGUUCGCGUCAUUACGCGCAACCCUCCAUGAGCAAGAGCGCACUUACGCGCUCUUUUUCUGUCGGGAACUUCUAGCAAUAUUAUACGUUGUUCUUGCCCGAUAAUCCUGUCAGACUUCUCCCCAUUAUCCUAUCAGCCAUGGAUCACCACCCUGAGCGAUCCCCGGAUAUACUGACAACCACCACGGUCGAUGACGUCCCGGUGCACUGUUAUCGCUCGUAUGCUCGUCGUAUUCACCGAAUACUAUAUCUCGGUGGUGUUUUACAAGUCCGCUCCGUGGUUCAGUCGUACGUCAUAGGCAUCUUGGUGAUCUUCAUGUGUUUCAGCCAAGUUGUCUUCGUGAUAAACUUCUGCCGGGACUACUCUGACAAUUUAAUGAUCGUGUCAAAGUGCUUCGGCCUGGCCAGCAGUAUCUUCACGCCUGUUUUAAUGUCGUGUUGUUUCCUGGUGAAACGGAAGAAGUUGCUCAAGCUGCACAAAACGCUGAAUGAUCUCUUCGAGCAGGAACUGGCACGAGACCAGAGGACCAAGACGACCAUGCUCGCUUCUUUGUACACGUUCGCCAGACCGUCUUAUGUAUUAAGCUUCAUGUUAGGUUUUACGAUUUUAUCGUAUGUGUUGCCCUCGGUAAUUAACGUGAUUAUCCGGCCAGUCAUCUUUCGUUCGGCGAUCGCCGUGAGAUACAAAUGGCCAUACCCGGUGAAGUUCCCAUGGUCGGUGCCAAGUAGUGGUCCCCUCUUCUAUCUACAGUAUUUGUAUCAAGUGCUCAGCAGCUGGUGGAUGGUAUUUACCAUCGCCGCGGUCGACAAUCUUUUCGGCUUUUACACGUUCCAGAUCUCGUCGAUACUGCACGCCAUGUCUGCGCGGCUGAUGAGUCCGCAGCCCGAUGAUGUAUUCUUGGUAGUGCUGAAGACGUGCACGGAGACAUAUCAGCAAUUGCUCCAGUCAGUGCGUCUACUGGAGGAUGUCUAUGGGAUCAUUAUUCUACGGAUGAUCCUUGCCAACGCUGUGCUAAUGUGCGCAUUGAUCUUCGAGGUGUAUCCGGUAUGUGUGAUUGAAUCGCGCAUGACGAGACACAAGAAAACGAGAAGGAUUUCUUCUUGUUAUCCUGUUAGAGUUUACAGACAUGACAGUCAACCAAUUCUGCUCGUUUGGCUCUUUCAUGGUGAUGAAACUGCUGCAAACAUUCAUCUAUGCUUGGUAUGGCAGCCUCGUCACGAGCGCGAGCGAGCACUUCCGCGAGGGAAUCUACUUCAGCGAAUGGUCGAACUCCAAACUCGAUUGUCACGUGAGAGUAGGCGUUGUCGUGACGAUGCUGCAAAAGCCAAUAGUUAUAACUGCGUUAAAAGUGUCUUCCGUAAAUGUCAACAUGUUUAUCAACAUUUUGAACACUACUAUGUCUUAUUUCUUUCUUUUGCAAUCACUGGACGAGUCUAAAUAAACGACACUGCGUAUCGACUGUUUUCUUUAGCAAAGAUUAGCGAAUGCAUAGAAUCGACAUUGGAA